AUGAGUCACGACGCACGUAUCAUUCGUUACCACCAAGAAUCAGUCCUGUCGAGAUGGUCUAAUAGAGAGUGGACGUACAAGGAGUACAUUAUUAGCAAACGUGCGGUUUUCUUUCUCAAAAACUCGGUGUUUUGGCAAUGCGAGUGCGCAGUUUGGGAUACAGCCUCCCUUAGACCAAAUAAGAACGACGAAGCCACCAACAGUAACAUAACAUCAAAUUCGUCACUUCUCCGACGGCUUGACACAUUAAACUCGCCUGACUUUGGCAUCUGCACUGACCUGGUUUCUCCAUAUAACGGACGGGAGCUAUCGUUUCAGGGGGAUGGCCUCACGGCAUGCUUGGGUAUUCUAAACCGCCUGGUCCCAGGAUUUCCUGGCGGAUUCAUUUUUGGUCUGCCAAGACACUAUCUGGAUUACGCCCUACUCUGGCACCCUUUGAGAGGACCAUUCGACGAUGUCGACUCCGCAUAUUUGUACGACAUAAAGAUAUCCGACGGUUGUGCGGCAAGAAGAAGCUCUUCAACUCGAAGAACUUCACUUCCAUCUUGGGCAUGGUGUGUUUCUUUGACCCGAAGAGGUUCCGAGCAGGCUCAGCUAUCAGUCCAAGCUCGAGGCAGCAAAAUACCGAUAGUUCUUGGAAAAUACGAAAUCUUGUUACAUGGGAUAUGA